AGAACAUUUUAUAUUUGAAAAUUCUUGGAAAUAAUGGCUUAUCAUUGUUAGUAUGUCUACCCAGUGAGAGCUUGAAAUAUUUGCAAAUAUAGCUUAUCUCUACGGAGAACUGUACGUUGCACCAGACCAAAGCUUGAGUAUUUAUAUAAAACUCUGGUUUCGCAAAACUCCAAGCAGUUUUCGAAGCGUACGCAACUUGUGCAGUUAUUAUAAUGGACGGCCUUAAACUUAGCUUAUUGGCUAUAAUUCUUCUUUUUUGUUGUGGUUUGAAUUUAAACAGUGCUUACACUUACUAUUGCAAAGGAAAUAACCGUUACGGAACCUGUUUAUUGUAUGAAAACUGUACAUCGCCGGAUAUUGUUAGAAAUAAUGCAGAUUGUCAACGUUCUGGACUUAGUGGUGAUGUUGUCUGCUGUUUAAGAAGACAACGUCGCCCGGGAAGACGCAUUAUAAAAACUACAACAACUACCACAUCUACAACACCUGCCACAAUAUUGGAAAAUGAAGCCUUAAAUUCUCUUGGACUCGCUUUACUCAAUCAACACAAUUGUGGGUCGAUGGACAAUACUCGUGUAUUUAAUGGCGUAGAUGCUAUGCUAGGUGAAUUUCCGUGGAUGGCAAUACUACUCAAUUCGCAGAAGAACACAAUGUGUGGCGGUUCUGUAAUAACAAAUCGCUUUGUUUUGACAGCGGCUCACUGCAUUCGGAGCGAAUUACAAUUUGUGCGCUUAGGCGAACAUGACCUGUCAACCGAAGAAGAUUGUUUGUCAAUCAAUUUAUGUCAAACAUAUGUAGACUUUGGUAUAGAUCCAAUGCAGAAACCGUUUAUACAUCCCGACUACGAUACCGUGAGCAAAUAUAAAGAUGUUGCUUUGAUAAAACUUGAUAGAGAUAUAGAUUUUCAAGUUCACCAUCAUAUCAAACCAAUUUGUUUGCCCACAUCACGAAGUGAUUACGCUAUGUUGCCAACACAAGAUUUAAUGUUAGCUGGUUGGGGACUAACAGAAGCUAAUGAUGUGCGCGGAUCUGAUAUUCUACAGACAGGUCAUGUCAAACUCGAAGCUUUGGAUAUUUGUCAAAAAUUAUACUCAAAAUAUAAUAUAGGCAUAUCGAAGAUUUGUGUUAUGUCUGGUGCAAAUCGUACGGUUUCUUGUCAGGGCGAUUCUGGUAGCCCCAUAUUUUGGGCAACCAGUUACUUGAAUGUCGAAUUCUGGCAAAAACGUUAUACACAAAUUGGUUUGGUUUCCCUUGGUAGUAAAGAAUGUGGCAGGUUAACUUCAAUACCAUAUCCAUACGAAAAUGUCACCGAUGCUAUGCCUUGGAUAACGAAUACUAUUUUAAGAUGAUCUCGGCUUAAUAAAGUAUUUGAAAAAAA